UCCACUAUUGUGGCUAAUCCUUAUUGUGUCUAGCGUCAUACAGGUCUACUUACGAACGGGGAAAUAACUGUGAAUUGGGAGUGAAAAAAGUACCGUUUUGGAAUUACGAUUUUGUGGAAAAUAUGGAGUUUCUCAUAGGAAGCCCCUUCUCUUCUCCUGUUGGACAACGAAUUGAACGAGCCACCAGCGCCGCGCUGCAUUCAGAGGACUGGGCCCUUAACAUGGAGAUAUGUGACAUCAUCAACGAGACAGACGAAGGACCCAAAGAUGCAGUCAAAGCCAUAAAGAAGAGGAUUGUUGGUAAUAAGAGCUUCAGGGAGAUCAUGUUGGCUCUGACAGUUCUGGAGGCAUGUGUAAAGAACUGUGGCCACCGGUUCCAUGUUCUAGUGGCGUCCCAGGACUUUGUGGAGGGGGUUCUGGUCCGAGCCAUCCUGCCCAAGAACAACCCUCCCACCACCCUGCACGACCGGGUGCUGAGCCUCAUACAGGCGUGGGCCGAUGCGUUCCGUAGCUCUCCCUCUCUGGGAGGUGUGGUCUGUGUGUACGAGGAUCUGAGGAGGCGGGGCCUGGAGUUCCCUAUGACCGACCUGGACGCCCUCUCCCCCAUCCACACCCCCUCAGGCAUUCCAGAGAACGACUCCUCUGUUACAGUGCCAGCUCCACCACCUCAGAGUCAGACUCCCCGUGGCCCUGCUGCCCCUGCUGCCUCGUCCCCUACCCAGGCUGCGCUGACUGCCGUGCCCCCACAACUCAGCGAUGGACCCAUCUCCAUCUCUCCUGAACAGGCCCAGAAGCUGAGAGUUGACCUGGCUCUGGUCAGGGGGAACCUGACUGUGAUGACUGAGAUGUUGAACCAGUUGACGCCUGGACAGAGCCAGCAGGAGGACUCGGAGCUACUGCAGCAGUUGUACCAGGUGUGUAGGGAGAUGCAGAGCCGUGUGGUGGAGCUGAUCCCCAGGCUGGUGGACGAGGGCCUCAUAGAGGAGCUGCUGGUCGUCAACGAUGACUUAAACAAUGCCUUCAUCCGCUACGACAGGUUUGACAGACUCAAUAAGGCCCAGAGAACAGCUACAGAGCAGCAGACUCCUGCCAGGGCCAACCUCAUUGACCUCAGCCCUGUGCCCCAGUCCCUCAGCCAACCAGCAACCACCUCUGCGGCCGCCAGCCAACCCGCAUUCAGCGCUCCCUCUAAUCAGAGGCAGGCAGCCAACCACAGUGCACCAGAGGAGGAUGAGUUUGACAUGUUUGCCCAGACCAGGGGCAGCUCUCUGGCCGAUCAGAGGAAGAGUAUGCGGUACGAGGACCCAGGAGCAGUGGAAGGACUGGCUGGAGCCCUGGACACCAGGUUACAGGUCACUGGAGCGAUUCCUUCGUCUAAGCCUAGCCCUAAGAACUCCGCCCUGGAAGACAUUGACAGAUGGCUGUCUGCGGACACAGAAACGCAACCAGAGGCUGGGGACAGGGAAGGGCUGACCAGUGAGGAGUUUGACAAGUUUCUGGAGGAAAGGGCGAAGGUGGCCGACCACAUUCCCUCAACACGCAGCCUGCCCCCUGUCUCGUCCAGGCCCCCGCCACAAUCCGCCCGGCAACAGGAGAGCUCCCAUGACCAGCUUUUCUCACUCUGAGAGAACGGCGCACGCACAGCAGAGGUGGACUCACAGGUCGACACAUAGUCCUAGCCAACACAUAGGAUGAACACGCAUAGUGCCUUGCUACCUUUUUAAUCAUAGUGCUUCUACUUUGAAAUGAUGUUUUUCAGUCUUCACUUUGUGCUGUUGCUAGUCUAGGACAUGAUGACGAUCGGUUAUGCUAUGGUGGCACUUUACCUUAUCAAUGUGUGUGUGUAUAUAUAUAUAUAUCUAUAUCUCCUGAGUAUGCGUGCUUGGUUACACACACACUGCGUGGUGGUAUUUAUUUUAUUUUUAUUGAAUAAUUAUUUAACUAGGCAAGUCAGUUAAGAACAAAUUCUUAUCUUCAAUGACGGCCUACACCGGCCUAACCCAGACGACACUGGGCCAAUUGGGACUCCCAAUCACAGCCGGUUGUGAUACAGUCUGGAUUCGAACCAGGGUGUCUAGUGACGCCUCUAGCACUGAGAUGCAGUGCCUUAGACCGCUGCGCCACUCGGGAGCCCCCACUCGGAUAUCACGUCAUUCAAAAGCCUAUACACUGAGGGUACAAAACAUUAAGAACACCUUCCUAAUAUUGAUCCCCCAGAACAGCGUCAAUUUGUCUGGGCAUGGACUCUACAAGGUGUCGAAAGCGUUCAACAGGGAUGCUGGCCCAUGUUGACUCCCAAUGCUUCCCACAGUUGUGUCAAGUUGGAUGGUGUCCUUUGGGUGGUGGACCAUUGAUGCACACAGGAAACUGUUGAGCAUAAAAAACCCAACAGUGUUGCACUUCCUGACACAUUCAAACCGAUGCGCCUGGUACCUACUACCAUACGCCAUUCAAAGGCACUUAAGUAUUUUGUCUUGCCCAUUCAUUCACUCUCUGAAUGGCACACAUACACAGUCCAUGUCUCAGUUGCCUCAAGGCUUAAAAACCCUAUUUAACCUGUCUCCUCCCCUUCAUCUACACUGAUUGUAGUGGAUUUAACAAGUGACCUCAAUAAGGGAUCAUAUCUUUAACCUGGAUUCACCUGGUCAGUCUGUCAUGGAAAGAGCAGGUGUUCUUAAUGUUUUGUACACUUAGCACAGACCUGUAAGUAUACACUAUGUACAUUUCCUGAAUGCUGAGACCAGUUGAAUCAAUGCAGAAAGCAAUAUCAACCUUUUUUAAUGGAGAUUCACAGUUAAUUCUAAUUCUGAAGUUUAGUAGUUCAUAUACUGCACUAUGUGAACUGUGUGUAUGUGCAUAUAUAUAUAUGAAGUCUAGUAUUAUGAAUGAAAAUAAAAUAAAUUGAUAUUUGAAAA